GGUAGCUUCAGUAGCAUCACCAGGAGCUGCAGCAGCAUCACAGAGAAACGGUUCAUAGUUCUCAUAAGAUUUCCAUUUUCUAUUUUCAAAACGUCGUACGCAAUGAGAGGGGACCGCGGCCGGGGACGGGGAGGCCGCUUCGGCUCCCGCGGAGGGCUGGUCCAGGGGUACCGACCGUUUGUCCCACACAUCCCGUUUGAUUUUUAUGUGUGUGAGAUGGCGUUCCCCCGCGUGAAGCCUGCGCCCGAUGAGACGGCGUUCAGCGAGUGUCUGCUGAAGAGGAACCAGGACCUGAGCCCCACUCCUGCAGAGCAGUCCGCCAUCCUGUCGCUGGUCACAAAGAUCAACAACGUCAUCGACAACCUGAUUGUGGCCCCGGGAAACUUUGAAGUGCAAAUUGAAGAAGUGCGUCAGGUGGGCUCCUACAAGAAGGGAACCAUGACGACGGGACACAACGUGGCCGACCUGGUCGUGAUCCUCAAGAUCCUCCCGACAUUGGAGGCCGUCGCUGCUCUAGGCAACAAAGUGGUGGAGUCCCUCCGGACACAAGACGCCGCGGAAGUGCUGUCCAUGCUGACCAAUGAGACGGGCUUUGAGGUCAGUUCAGCUGACUCCACGGUCAAGAUCCUCAUCACCACCGUGCCGCCCAACCUGCGCAAGCUGGACCCCGAGCUUCACCUGGACAUCAAGGUGCUGCAGAGCGCUCUGGCUGCCAUCCGCCACGCCCGCUGGUUUGAGGAGAACGCCUCCCAGUCCACGGUCAAAGUGCUGAUCCGCCUCCUGAAGGACCUGAGGCUGCGCUUCCCCGGCUUUGAGCCCCUCACCCCCUGGAUCCUGGACCUGCUGGGCCACUCUGCCGUGAUGAACAACCCGUCCAGGCAGCCCCUGUCCCUGAACGUGGCCUACAGGCGCUGCAUGCAGAUGCUGGCUGCCGGCCUCUUCCUGCCCGGCUCCGUGGGCAUCACUGACCCGUGUGAGAGCGGGAACUUCAGAGUGCACACGGUGAUGACGCUGGAGCAGCAGGACAUGGUGUGUUUCACAGCUCAGACUCUGGUGAGGGUGCUCUCCCACGGAGGCUUCAGGAAGGUCCUCGGCCUGGAGGGCGACGCCAGCUACUUGACGACCGAGAUGUCCACCUGGGACGGCGUGAUCGUCACGCCGUCAGAGAAGGCCUACGAGAAGCCGCCAGAGAGGAAGGAAGAGGAGGAGGAGGCGGCUCUGGAGGAGGGAGGGGAUGUGGAGGCAGAGGAAGAGAGCAUGGAGACCCAGGAAUGAGGAGUGGCCCUGAACAAACAGCAGCAGGGGCCACGGCCCACCUGGAGGAGCCUCUGGUCGUCCACUUGUCCGGUUUUAAUUUUUUUAGAUUUGACUUCCUCAUUGUCAUAGUAACGUCCUGAAUUAAACCUUUGUUUUUGUAUUUAA